AUGUCUGGCAUUAUUAUGGUCGAAAAGCCAAUACAUGAUUAUACAGGAUUUGUAAACACUGAUACUGAAUCAGUUCAUUCAAACGAUUCUCAAAGAGAGGAUAACCAAAAACAGACGAUUAGUGUGGAUAGCUUUUCUGAAGAUGAUAUCUCUCCCAAUGUCAUUGAAAUACUAAAGAGGCCACUAUCAACUUACAUCACGGUUUGUUUUAACUGUAUUCUGAUUGGUUUUGGUGGGUUUAUGAUGGGUUGGGAUAUCGGUACUAUUGGUGGUUUCAUUGCUCAGCCAGAUUUUAAGAGAAGAUUUGGUUCUACAACUAAGGAAGGUGAGCAUUAUUUAUCAAAGGUUAGAACAGGGUUACUGGUGUCUAUUUUUAAUAUUGGUUGUGCUAUUGGUUCUGUCACUUUAGGUCGUCUCGGUGAUAUCUAUGGUCGUCGUCUUGGUUUGAUCAUGGCCACCACUAUUUUUGUUGUUGGUGUUGUUAUUGAAAUAGCUUCUAUUGACAAAUGGUACCAAUACUUUAUCGGAAGAAUUAUUGCUGGUGUUGGUAUGGGUGUUAUCGCUAUUUUGUCUCCUAUGUUAAUUUCGGAAGUGUCUCCAAAGGAGGUGAGAGGUGGUAUGGUUUCCUGUUUUCAAAUGAUGAUUACCUUGGGCAUUUUCUUGGGUGAUUGUACUGAAUAUGGUUCUAAAGAAUAUUCUAACUCUGCUCAGUGGAGAGUUGGUCUCGGUUUGCAAUUUGCCUGGAGUUUAUGCAUGGUUGCUGGCAUGUUAUUUGUCCCUGAGUCUCCAAUAUAUUUAGUAGAGAAAGGUAAAAUUGAAGAAGCUAAGCGUUCAGUGGCUAUUUCAAAUAAAUUGAAUGCAGAUGAUCCAGCUGUUAUUUCAGAAGUGGAAGAAAUUCAGAGUGCUGUCGAAAAGAAAAGAGCUGAGGGUGAAGCUGGAUGGAAUGAUCUCUUUGAAACACAUAACAAGAUUUUCCAGAGAGUGAUUAUAGGUAUUAUGCUUAUGGCUCUACAACAAUUGUCCGGUGCCAACUAUUUCUUCUACUAUGGUACCACUAUUUUCAAGUCAGUUGGUCUAGAGGAUGGUUUUGUGGCUGCCAUUAUUUUUGGUGUGAUCAAUUUCUUUGCUACCUUCUUAUCUAUAUAUUUAAUUGAUAAAUUCGGCAGAAGAACAUGUCUAUUAUGGGGUGCAGCAGGUAUGGUUUGCUGUAUGGUUAUCUUUGCUUCAGUUGGUGUGACAAGAUUAUGGCCAAAAGGCAAAAAUGCUGGUAUCAUAUCCAAGGGUGCUGGUAACUGUAUGAUUGUCUUCAGUUGUUUCUUCAUCCUCUGUUUCGGUACUUCCUGGGCUCCAGUUCCAUUUGUGUUUAUUGCAGAAUCUUUCCCGUCGAAGAUCAAAUCCAAAGGUAUGGCUUUAGCUAUUGUCUCCAACCAAAUCUGGACCUUUUGUAUUGGUUUUUUCACUCCAUUCAUUACUGGUUCUAUUAAUUUCUACUACGGUUACGUUUUCUUAGGUUGUUUGGUAUUCGCCUGGUUCUACGUUUUCUUCUUUGUUCCAGAAACCAAAGGUUUACACUUAGAAGAGGUCAACAUUAUGUGGGAAGAAGGUACUCUACCAUGGAAAUCGGCUUCUUGGGUCCCACCAUCACAGAGGGAUGCGGACUAUGAUGUUUCAACAAUGACCAACGAUGAUACUCCAGCAUGGAAGAAUAUUUUGGGCAAGCGCUAA